AUGGCGAGGAGGACGGGGGAGAAACCGCUGCUUUUGACGCCGAUUACACGCGCUGCUUUUCGGGAUAAACGCCUUCGGUUUCACAGGGGCUUGUUGGCUUUUUCGUGGAGCUUCGUUUUAAUAUGCUUGGCUCUUUCAUGUGGAUAUUGCAGAGCAGAGACGGAGUUUUCCAUCCUGGAAGAAGCUCAAGUUUUGGCCGAUCAGAUGAAAAGGCUGUCCUCACAGGAGCUGGGAGUCUUUACUAUGCAGAGGAUUUUCAACUCGUUUGUGUACACUGAGAAGACUUCAAACGGAGAGACGGAAGUGCAGCAGUUGGCCAAAAAGAUCCGUGAAAAGUUUAACCGCUACCUGGACGUGGUGAACCGGAACAAACAGGUGGUGGAGGCCUCGUACACCGCCCACCUCACCUCGCCACUCACUGCCAUACAGGACUGCUGCUCCAUACCCACAUCUAUGAUGGAGUUUGAUGGAAACUUCAAUACCAACGUCUCUAAGACCAUCUGCUGCGACAGACUUUCCCCCAAUGUCAACAGCCGAGCGUUCAACCCUGGACGGGACCUCAACUCAGUGUUAGCAGACAACCUGAAGUCCAACCCGGGGAUAAAGUGGCAGUACUUCAGCUCAGAGGAGGGUAUCUUCACAGUCUUCCCUGCCCACAAGUUCCAGUGCAAGGGAACUUACGAGCACCGGAGCAGGCCUGUGUAUGUGUCUGCGGUGCGUCCCCAGUCUAAACACAUUGUGGUGAUGGUGGACCACGGAGCGUCUGUAACUGACACCCAGCUUCAGAUCGCCAGGGACUCGGCACUGGUCAUCCUCAACGCCGUCGAUGAACAUGACAAGAUCUCCAUUUUGUCAGUGGCAGAGACAGUUCGCACCUGCGCCCUGGACCAGUGCUAUAAGAGUCUGCUCUCUCCGGCCACCAGCGAGACCAAGAGGAAGAUGAGCACCUUCAUCUCCAACAUCAAGGCGUCUGAUGCAGCCACUCAGCACGCUGCAGGCUUCCAGAAGGCCUUCCAGCUGCUCCGAAACACCAGCAGUCUCUGCAAACACAGCUCCACCACAGACAUGGUGAUCGUCUACCUGUCGUCCGGUAUCACGUCUCGAGAUUCGUCAGAGCAGGAGAAGAGAGCGACGCUCAGUGUGGUCAGAGAGGAGAACCGACACCUCAACAACUCGGUCAUGAUCCUCACAUACGCUCUCAUGAACGAGGGAGUAACAGGCCUGAAGGAGCUGGCCUUCCUGAGGGAUCUUGCAGAGCAGAAUUCGGGGAAAUAUGGCGUCGACCGAGGGUCAGGUCGAGACCGCUCAUCUGGGAUGUCCUCGUCCGGAUCGGCCUCCAUGAUACCGGUGUCGAAGGGAAGCAUGAUGGUGCUAAAUCAGCUGAGCAACCUGGAGACGACAGUGGGCCGCUUCUACAUCAACCUGCCCAAUCGCAUGAUCGACCUGGUCCGAUUCAGCCUGCCCUACUCGGACCCCAUGGGAGACGGGUUUAUUAUGACCGUGAGCCGGCCGUGUUAUUUCGGUAACCUGCUCCUGGGCGUGGUCGGGGUGGACGUGAACCUGGCCUACAUCCUGGAGGACGUCACAUACUACCAGGACUCACUGGCUUCAUACACGUUUCUCAUUGACAACAAAGGUUACACCCUGAUGCAUCCAUCACUCACACGGCCCUACCUGAUGACAGAGCCUCCCCUGCACACGGACAUUAUCCACUACGAGAAUAUCCCAGCAUUCCCUGUUGUGCGGCAGAACAUCCUCAGCCUCCCUUUGGGCAGUCAGGUAAUUUCUGUCCCAGUCAACUCCUCUCUGUCCUGGCACCACAACCGACUCCGGGACAACAGCAAGGACGCAUACAACGUCAGCUACGCCUGGAAACUGGUUCAGGACACGUCGUUCAUCCUGUGCAUCGUGUACGUGCAGCCGGAGAUCCCAGUGAAACAUCUGAAGAACCUGAACACAGCGCCCAGCUCCAAGCUGCUGUAUCAUCGCUUAGACCUGCUGGCUCAGCCCAGCUCCUGCCUGCACUUCAAACAGCUCGCCACAGUUGAGUCUCCCACGGUGAUGUUGGCAGCUGGAAGUUUCUCCUCUCCGUACGAGCACCUCAGUCAGCCGGAAACAAAGCGCAUGGUGGAGCACUACACCGCCUACCUGAGUGAUAACACCAGGCUCAUAGCCAACCCAGGCCUCAAGUCUUCUGUCAGGAACGAGGUUAUGGCGACCAGUCACGUCACGGAUGAGUGGAUGACACUAAUGGAAAUGAGUAGCCUCAACUGCUACAUUGUGCGCCGUUACAUAGCAACGCCCAGUGGGGUGCUCCGGAUUUACCCAGGAUCACUGAUGGACAAAGCCUUCGACCCGACCCGCAGACAAUGGUACCAGCAUGCUGUGGCUAACCCUGGCCUCGUCACCUUCACGGGACCCUACCUGGAUGUGGGGGGUGCGGGCUACGUUGUCACUAUCAGUCACACCAUCCAUGCCUCCAGCUCUCAGAUGGCUCCUGGGUAUGCAGUUGCAGUGAUGGGCAUAGACUUCACUCUCCGCUACUUCUAUAAGGUCUUACUGGACCUGCUGCCAGUCUGCAACCAGGACAAGGGCAACAAGAUCAGGUGCUUCAUAAUGGAGGACAGAGGGUACCUGGUGGCUCACCCCACUCUCAUUGACCCCAAAGGUCACGCCCCCGCAGAGCAGCAGCACAUUACACACAAGGAGCCGUUGGUGGCUAACGACAUCCUGAACCAUCCCAACUUCGUGAAGAAAAACCUGUGCAACAGUUUCAGUGACCGCACCGUGCAGCGCUUCUACAAGUUCAACACCAGCAUCACGGGGGACCUUACGAACCUGGUCCAUGGGAGCCAUUGUUCUAAGUACCGUCUGACCCGAAUCCCCGGCACCAACGCCUUCGCUGGCAUCGUCAACGAGACGUGUGAUUCUCUGGCGUUCUGCGCCUGCAGCACCGUGGACCGCCUCUGUCUCAACUGCCACAGAAUGGAGCAGAAUGAAUGUGAGUGUCCAUGUGAGUGCCCCCUGGAGGUCAAUGAGUGUACUGGUAACCUCACCAAUGCUGAAAACAGGAACCCCAGCUGUGAGGUGCACCACGAGCCAGUCAGUCUGAAUGUGAUUGAUCCCAGUCUGCAUGAGACGCUGCCUCAGUGCAUCAACACUCGCUGUAGCCAGAGAUACACCAGCAGUGAUUGCUUCGGCGUUUUGGACUGUGAGUGGUGCAUGGUGGACAGUGAUGGUAAGACGCAUAUCGACAAGCCGUACUGUGCCCUGCAGAAGGAAUGUUUCGGGGGAAUCGUCGGCGCCAAGAGUCCCUACGCAGAUGGCAUGGGAAUGAUAGAUGAGGAGGUGGCCUCUCUGAACAUGAUCAAGAGCGCCCCUGUGGGUCCAGUUGCCGGGGGCAUUAUGGGAUGCAUCAUGGUGUUGGUGCUGGCUGUGUAUGCAUACAGACACCAGAUCCACAGGCGGUCGCACCAGCACAUGUCACCACUCGCAGCACAAGAAAUGUCAGUGAGAAUGUCCAACCUGGAUAAUGAAAGAGAUGAAAGAGAUGAAGACAGCCAUGAGGACAGAGGAAUUAUCAGUAAUACUCGAUUCAUCGCUGCGGUAAUCGAGCGACACACUCACACGCCAGAGCGGAGACGGAGGUACUGGGGUCGAUCUGGGACAGAGAGCGACCACGGCUACAGCACCAUGAGUCCGCAGGAGGACAGUGAGAAUCCACCUGGGAACAAUGACCCGCUCUCGGCAGGUGUGGAUGUCGGUAACCACGACGACGACCUCGACCUAGACACGCCACCUCAGACGGCGGCGUUGCUCAGCCACAAGUUUCACCCUUACCGGCACACGCACACACACCACUACCCGCUGCACACGCACACACACCACCUGCAGGCGGCAGUCACCGUGCACAGUGUGGACGCAGAGUGCUGAUCCUGCGGGGAAGGGACAUUUUUGUAUUAAAGACUAUUUUUAAGAAAAACAUUAGUGCUUGAAUAGACAGCACGCAGUAGGUACUGUCAGGAUGGACGGAGGGAGAGAGAAGCUGGACUCGCAGCGUCUAUGGAUCGCUGGGAUCUCUGCCAUGAAUGGAUGUUUAGCGUGUAAUGGGUGUAAGCCUCAUGGUCUCAUCUCAACUUUUUUUUUCAACCCAGUCCAAGAUCUGGUUAGUGUACACAGCCUAACUCACAAAUGACCAGAACUGGGCUGGUAAAAAUACCCAAACUGGAAUCUUUGUGUGUUUUCUGAAGGGAUUUGCCAUUCGGGAAACAACUGGAACCUAACAUCCUUGAGGGAGUACAGAGUUCUUCAUUUUCAAGCCAGAGCAAAGACUGUAUAGGACUAGAGGAGAAUCCAAUUAACAAAUGAAAUCUUGAUGCUGAUUGAACUCUUUUGCCCGAAUGCUUCAUUCCCGCCUCGCCCCUAAGCCUACUUGUGGUGAAAACGUCUCAGAUGAAGAGUACAAAGACUGGGAUCUAAUAUGAGAUUCUAUUAUGGAUAAUAUUGCAGUUUUACUCUCCCAUUGUCACUCAACAGUUGGUUUUCUCUGAAGACUAAUGAGGAGUCUCUGUGAAGUGCAGAAAAAAAAAACUUCAAUGAUUCAAAUCAAUACAAGAAGGAAAACAAAUUAAGAGGAAAAAAAUAUUUUUCUACUAUUUAUUAAGGAGCAACAUUUUCAAUGACAGAUGAGUAAGCAGCUACAGAUAACAAACAAGAAAGAUAAGUGAUGCUUAUCAACCCACUUCCUAUAAACAAUGCAUCAUAGUUAGGGCUCAUUAGUUUCUCCUUGCAUUUCCCUAAAAGCACGUGGCUUGCUUUUUUAUUUUAUUUGGACAUUAUAGAAUAUCAGACGGUGUGAACACAUGUUUUGUUUCUUUAUUUUUCACAGGACCCUGGCGCAUAAUCAGAAGUGCAUUUGGAAUCUAUUUCAAUUUCUCUCUUAACUUUCUUUUGGCAUAUUCUGAGCUAUCCUCUCCACCAGAUGAUCCCAUUUACUAUUUGGUGUUGGGCCUGGGUUUUCUUUAAGCAGGGAACUUUUUGGAUGAGCAGGUAUCUCAAAUCUAAAUCAGAUAUUCUCCUUACAACAAAAAACUGGUAUUCAUUUUUAAAUUGGUAAAAAACAGUGAUCCUUUAAUCUUACCCUGGAGAUGUGAUUUUUAACAUAUAUCACAUUUUAAUUUUUGUUCUCACAUUUCGGAAGUAUUUGCUUUACUGUUAAGGUAAGACUUGCUGUGCCGAACAUCGCCAUUCUGGACAUGUCCUCUGUAUCAGGAGGCCUUUGUAAACCUAUCGGGGAUUGAAGAGGGAAAAGAGAAACUAGUACCCUCCUAGCUUUAGUCCCUGCUGGAGAUUUGGUUUGUGAGGAUAAUUGGGGAUCCUCACAAAGGUCUGAUUCAGAGAGACUGACUGCUGUCCCCUCUGUCUGCUUGAGUAGAAAAACCAGUACUGAAAGCUGCCCCCCCCCGCUCCGAAUCAACGACAACUUUUUGACUUUAUGCCCCUUUGUGGCAGAGAUAAUACUGUAUGUAUGUUAAGUUGUGUGCUGGAUUUGGUGCAAAGCAAGCUUAAUUUCCAGUGAUGCCCAAGAUGGAGUCUCCCUCUCAUUGAAGACAGUGAAAGAGGGAGAGAUGCUGCUGUUGUUGUACAGAGGUUACACCAUCUGUCAGAUCCUCUGUGGUUAACCACUCAAAAUGUAUUUUCUACAAGUCUCUGGUUUAACUGUUACAUGUGUGUGUGAGUGUGUAUGUGUGAGAGCAUGAAGAGAGAAUGAUUAUCAACCUGGAACAUUUUCAUUGAAUGCAUUAUUGUAUUUUUCAAGAUAGUAUUAGAGAAUUUUAGGUGAAAUUAUUCUGAUUGAGAAAUCCACUUAUUUGUAUUCUGAUGAAGAGCCACGUGACCUGAUCUGUGCUUUGUGCACACAACUGGUCAAGAUAGCCUCAGUGUGAUAUCCAUUUAUUUCUGUUGUCAAAAAUGUCUAUUGUUUUUCAGAGAUUCAUUGUGAAGUGUAAAUACAGAAUCACAAAUAGCUAUCGAUGUCCUGUACACUCCAUUUUUUUUAUGUUGGUGAAACAUGAGUUAUGCUUCAAAUGAUGCUCAGAUAUUGGGUUUUGACAUUUUACUGUCUGUUCAUGGUUUCUCACUAUAUUUUUGAUGCCUUGGAUGUUCUUUUAGAUUAAUUUGUUUAGGUCCAUAUUGGAUGGAAGUCAGUACUUGGAAAAAUUAUACACAAACUUUAUAUGUUUGAGAGACUUCUAGAUUCUAAAGUUUUAUCUCCCUUCUAAAUAAUGUUUUAUAAAAAAGCUUAUCGCUCCACAAAAUAAUUUAGACUCCGGGCUGUUUCUGUUGCUACUUAAAACAGUCAUAUUCAUGUGAUGUUUCUUGAGUAUGCUUGCCACUUUAGUAGAAUAUAUACAUUAGCACAUCUAAUGUGAGCUCAUUAAACUUCAAGCGGCAAAAGUGCUGAAUAAUUUGACACCUGAUAUAACAUAGAGGUUAACGCAAAGUGGUGUUAUUAUAGCCCAAUCGUGUUAAAGUGGGCUUCUACUGUUCUUGAUAUAAUUGCAGUGGAAAAAUAGCUUAUAUUCCACUGAAGACCUGGAUAACAGAAGGGUUUAUCCUGCGACUGUACCAUUUGCCCAUUUACUGAAGCAAGUUUGACCGUAUAACCAUUUCAAAACCAUUUUUUUUUAACACAAGUUAGGUAAAUGUUUUCUUCUCACCACUUCACAUGGUACAUAAUUGUUGUGGAACAAGACAUUGAAGCAGUUUUGUAGCAUUUCAGAGCAUAUAUUUUGAUUUGUUUGUGUGUUGGGGCAAAUUCUUUUUUCCAAAUUGAGUUUGUUUUUAAAGGCAUUUUUUUCUGGAUACAUUUUAAACAGUAUUUACCAGCUGUUUUAAAUGAGUAAAUGUGUGUGUGCGUGUGUGUGUGUAUACAAAACACUCUGAAACGCAUUAAAUAAUGUACUGAAGGAAAAUGUGUACAUCACCCCCCUCAUGUAUCAUAUAAAGUUAUCAAAUUGAGAUUUAUUGCAAUAUGAAUGUGAUAAAAUCAAUUUUACACUUAAA